GCUCAGCGCCCCGGCCGGGCCGCGGGGCCGCAGGGCAGCACGGCCACACCGCCUGCCGCAAGCCCGAGCCGGAGCCGAGCCGGAGCCGAGCCGGGCGAGCGGGCGGGGCAGCUCGGUCUCGGGAACCCUCUGGGAUGCCUAAGAGUGUUUCUCUCCUGCCCCCAGCCUGGCUCCCACCAUGAGCGCCGAGCUCAACGUGCCUGUGGACCCCUCCACUCCUGCCUGCUCUGAACCGGGCCACAAGGGCAUGGAUUACCGAGACUGGGUGCGCCGCAGCUACCUGGAACUGGUCACUUCCAACCACCACUCUGUGCAGGCCCUGUCCUGGAGGAAACUUUACCUGAGCAGAGCCAAGCUGAAAGCCUCCAGCCGGACCUCUGCCCUCCUCUCAGGCUUCGCCAUGGUGGCCAUGGUAGAGGUGCAGCUGGAGACGCAGUACCAGUACCCCAGGCCGCUGCUCAUCGCCUUCAGUGCCUGCACCACGGUGCUGGUGGCCGUGCACCUCUUUGCCCUGCUCAUCAGCACCUGCAUCCUGCCCAACGUAGAGGCUGUGAGCAACAUCCACAAUCUCAACUCCAUCAGCGAGUCGCCGCACGAGCGCAUGCACCCCUACAUCGAGCUGGCCUGGGGCUUCUCCACCGUGCUGGGCAUCCUGCUCUUCCUGGCCGAGGUGGUGCUGCUCUGCUGGAUCAAGUUCCUUCCCGUAGAUGCGCGCCGCCAGCCCGGCCCCCCACCUGGCCCCGGUGGCCACACAGGCUGGCAAGCUGCCCUCGUGUCCACCAUCAUCAUGGUGCCCGUGGGCCUCAUCUUCGUGGUCUUCACCAUCCACUUCUACCGCUCCCUGGUGCGCCACAAGACUGAGCGGCACAACCGUGAGAUCGAAGAGCUGCACAAACUCAAGGUGCAGCUGGACGGGCAUGAGCGCAGCCUGCAGGUCGUGUGAGGGCAUGGUGCCCCGGGCAGAGGCCAGUGCUGCCGCCACCAUGGAGCCCACCAGGAUCGACUGCCUGUCUGCCUCCCGGGAAUAGCACCACUGUGACACUGCCACAGAGUUCGAGACCAAAGUCGUAUCCCCUCCUCCCGUCUGAAUUCCGGAACACCCGGCCCGGGUGAUCCUCCCGCAGAAAAUAGAAAUUUGUAGUAAAAAGAGAGACUCGGUUGCUAAGAGCUUAGAGGGGGAAAAAAAAAAAAGCCUGGGGCCUGGGGAUUUCCUGCGGCAGGAGACCCGGCUCCAAGCAGCACAUGGUUGUCACAGGCAAUCUCAGCAACGUGGAACCAGCAGCCGGGAGAGUCGGGGGAGGGCUGAGAGUUUCAGAGAAGGGCUUGCCCUGUGACACCUGAGGUGGGUCUUGGGGCAGCAGGGGGGCCCACAGCUUGGCCUGGUGCUUCCCUCCCCUGUCCUGGGGGGAAUAGGUGACCAGGCUUCCAGGGGAGAGGCAGGAGCCUGGAUCAAGUGUCUGCUUGGCAGGUGAGGGCAGUGCUCAGGCCCAGGGGGAGACUUUCAAGGGUGGAAGCCUGGCAGGGCUGGGGAGGCACGUCUGCAGGCAUCCCGUGUGAGAUGCCCACCUGAGGAGACUUUUAACUGAGGGGUGCUCUGAGGUACACCAGGCUCAAAUUCCCUCUUCUAGCCAGCCUGGAACCCUGGUCACGUUGACCCAGCAAAGCCACCAGGUUGGGGAAAGGGCCCACAGUCCAGAGGCCUCUAUCUUUGGGUUACAAGAUGGCCUCUGAGCCCCAAGCAACUGCCCCUCCAUGCUUCGGCUGCCAAAGGUACCUGCCUGUGACCCCAGGUGGCAGGAGGGCACAACCUGGGGGACUUUCUGUCUAGAUGAGGCCUUUGGCCUGAGCUGGCCAAAUGCAGCAACCACAGGGAGGACAACACCCCACAUAACGCUCCCCUGCAGGGACCCCCAGUCUUCUCAGCCACAUGCAGGGGCCCAGCUCACACAUUUCCAUGGCCACGUGCAGGGUGGGCUCAGAUGUUCUCACUGGACCUGAGCUCAGGUUCUUGGGCUGUGCACAUAUAUAUGACAGCUCAGCCUAUCGGUGAGCAUGCCACACCCCGAGCUGCUUUUAAAAACCAUGUUUACCACAUCAGCCAGCAGCAGCCUUGAGAGGGAGCCUUUGUUUUCAUUGUCAUCAGGCGUCAUGCUCUGAUGGCACCUCUGUGGACUGCUCACUCUGUGGGGUCUGGGUUGCCUAUGCCAAGAAAUCCUGGCUAGCCUGGCUGCAGCUGCUGGGAACAUGACAUACUGUGGAGGUCAUAAACCUUAACACAUAACCAAAAUGCCAACUGUCUGGGCUGUCUGGGAGCUGUGCCGGGAGUCACAGGUGUAAGUCGGGACAUCAUGGGAGCCUGGGCAUCGGGUUCCCUGGAGCCAGACGAGAGCCUAGCACCUUUCUUGGGCAUGUUCCUUGCCUUCUGCAGACCUCUGUCCUUGCUUGCUUGCUCUCUAGUGCAUGUCUGUUCUUUCCUGGAGCUUCGCUGAAAAGGCUUGUCUGGCUUCUUAUGUACUCGCUUUGUGUCCACGUCACUGUGAGACAGCCUCCCUGUGUCCUGGCAGGGACGAGACGGGCUGGCUCCUCUCCACAGCUGGGAGCGGGCAGCGGGCCCUUCCUCUCCCUGAGCCUUUUGAGAGGGGCUGUCUUGUGCCCCUGCCCCAAGUGUGCCAGACGUGCCAGGCUCCCCAGACUGGAAGGCACCCCCCAGUGCCAGCUGGGUGCCUGUUAAUGCUUGCUCCGCAGGCAGCUCUUCCGGCCUCGCCGCACAGGGCUAGUGGCUGGGUUACCUGUGACGGUGCCACCUGGGUAGGAAAGACGCCGCAUCCGUGUUUUUAACGCUGAUUAGGAGAAUGUAGUUCUUGUCCUCUUUGAUCCAGAGUGAUCUCCCAGCUCCCAGGGCACGGGGCAAGUGGAAUUUGUGGGAACAGACAGGACUACGGGUCUGGGGACUGGCGGUCGGAGAAGAAUCUCAGGGCAGCCCCGGAGCUUCGGGGGAGAUGGAGGAUCAGCUGCAGACAACUCAGCGGGGCAGGCUGGAGGGUGGGUGGAGAGACAGCAGGUUACAAGCUGGAAAGGGGGUUUCUGAAGGUUUAACCCGAUUGUGAAGGUUCCAGGCGCAGUGGCCACAGGGCGGAGGCACCGCGCACGCCACCCAGAGCCAGUGAGGGCUUGCCCUAUUUUCCUCAGAGCAGAGCCUGCCUGGUGCUCAGGAAACAAGCGCCCGCAGAUACGCUGAGGCCCUUUCCAAAGUGGAACACAGUCUCCAUUUAGUACCUGACCAGAAGUUCCAAAACUCCGGCGUUUCUAUUUUAGAAACUGCGAGGGCAGAAUGUAUUCUAGUGUCUUCUAGGAAAGUGUGUUGAGGCGAAAACUGUGUGAGUCUGAGUGCAUCAGGGCUCGGCAGAAGUGGUUACCUGUCUCGUGCUGAUUCAUUCGUUAUGUGUGACACUGGAGAUCACGUGUGGUGUGCACAACUCCUGUCCUGUGUGGGGGGUUUGAAAACAGUCACCCUGGAUUGAACUGAAUAAACCAGUGAAGCUGUGAA